UUUAGUGUUCCGGGGUAGGUCAAUGUAUAAAAAAAAAAACAACAUAUCAUUGUGAACUUUCUUACGUGUCUAUUAUACGGAGCACAGAGAGGGGCGACAGAAGGGGUAUUUUCUGACGAAAGAGACGCUCUGAAUACGGCACUGAGAUGAACUUCUUCAGAGGAGUGAUGGGUGGGCAGGCAGCCGGGCCGCAGCCGUCCGGAGCGGAGACGAUCCAGAAGCUGUGCGAUCGGGUCGCUUCCUCUACACUCCUAGACGAUCGCAGAGAUGCUGUCCGUGCCCUCAAGUCGCUCUCUAAGAAAUAUCGCAUGGAGGUUGGAACACAGGCAAUGGAUCACUUGAUUAACAUACUGCAGACUGACAGAUCUGACUCUGAAAUCCUCGGCUAUGCUUUGGAUACGCUCUACAACAUCAUCUGCAACGAUGAGGAGGAAGAACAAGAUGAAUCAGAAGACGCAGUAACCCCUCUCCCUGUCUCAGGGAAGCAUAAGAAUGUGUCUGUGCCUGAUGAGAAUGCACAGAAGCAGGCCGACGACCUCGGCGCCCAGUUUACAGACACAUUCAUCCAGGAUCCUGAGCACGUAACCCUGCUCCUCACUCUGCUGGAGGAGUUUGACUUCCAUGUACGGUGGCCCGCGGUGAAACUGCUGACUGCUCUCCUGAAGAACCAGGGCCCACAGAUCCAGGGUAUCAUUCUGGUCAGCCCCAUGGGUGUUUCCAGAUUGAUGGACUUGCUGGCAGACUCCAGAGAAGUCAUUCGCAAUGAUGGCUUGCUGUUACUUCAACAACUGACUAAAGGCAACGCAGCCAUUCAGAAAAUUGUGGCAUUUGAGAAUGCAUUUGAGCGUCUCCUAGAUAUCAUCACAGAAGAAGGCAGCAGCGAUGGAGGUAUCGUAGUGGAGGAUUGUUUGCUUCUUCUGCUCAACCUGCUAAAAAACAACAGCUCCAACCAGAACUUCUUUAAAGAAGGCUCAUACAUCCAGAGAAUGAAGCCCUGGUUUGAGGUUGGUGACGAUAACUCUGGUUGGUCUGCACAGAAGGUCACAAACCUCCAUCUCAUGCUGCAGCUGGUUCGAGUCAUGGUGUCUCCAGUGAACUCUCCUGGAGCUACAGCCAGCUGUCAGAAGUCCAUGUACCAAUGUGGCCUAUUGCAACAGCUUUGCACCAUCCUCAUGGCCACUGGUGUCCCUGCGGAUAUCCUCACUGAGACCAUUAACACUGUUUCAGAGGUUAUCAGAGGCUCUCAGGUUAACCAGGACUACUUUGCUUCUGUCAAUGCCCCAUCAAACCCACCAAGGCCAGCCAUUGUGGUGCUGCUCAUGUCAAUGGUGAAUGAGAGACAACCAUUUGUGCUUCGCUGUGCAGUCCUUUACUGUUUCCAGUGUUUCCUCUAUAAAAACCAGAAAGGCCAGGGGGAGAUAGUGGCUACGCUGCUGCCCUCCACCAUUGAUGCCAAUUCCAUAUCUGCAGGCCAGCUGCUGUGUGGAGGCCUGUUUUCAGCAGACUCUCUUUCAAACUGGUGUGCUGCUGUGGCCUUGGCUCAUGCCCUGCAGGACAACCUCACCCAGAAGGAGCAGCUGCUGAGGGUUCAACUUGCCACCAGCCUGGGCAAGCCCCCCGUCUCUCUCCUGCAGCAGUGCACCAACAUCCUGUCCCAGGGUGAUAAGAUCGUCCGGCGGGGCAGUAAAGUGCAGACCAGGGUGGGCCUCCUCAUGCUGCUGUGUACGUGGAUCAGCAACUGUCCAAUUGCCGUUACGCACUUUCUACACAAUCAGGAAAAUGUUCCUUUUCUGACUGCUCAGAUCUCAGAGAACCUGGGGGAGGAUGAGCGGCUGGUGCAGGGCCUUUGUGCGCUGCUUCUUGGCAUCUGCAUCUAUUACAAUGACAACUCACUGGAAAAUUAUACCAAAGAGAAGCUAAAGCAGCUCAUCGAGAAGCGCAUUGGAAAGGAAAACUUUGUAGAGAAGCUCGGCUUCAUCACCAAACAUGAACUGUAUUCACGGGCGGCUCAGAAGCCUCAGCCCAUCUUCCCAUCUCCAGAGCAGAUGCUGUUUGAUCAUGAGUUUACCAAGCUGGUCAAAGAACUGGAAGGUGUGAUAACCAAAGCGGUUCACAAGUCCAGUGAGGAGGAGAAGAAGGAAGAGGAAGUGAAGAAGACAUUAGAGCAGCAUGACAACAUUGUAACUCAGUAUAAAGAGCUGAUCAGAGAACAGGAUGCUCAAAUUCAAGAGCUAAAGGAGCAGGUGACAUCCAUGACCUCCCUGAGUGAACAGCUGCAGGCUACAAUCACCCAGCAGCAGUCGCAGAUCCAGCAGCACAAAGACCAGUAUAACAUCCUCAAGCUGAAAUUAGGUAAGGAGAACCAGGGUCAGUCUAACAGCCAGGGGGACGGCUCUCAGGUGAAUGGGCUGCAGACAGAAGAGCUAACCCAGCUCAGGGAGGAGGUGGAGGAGCUCCGCAAGCAACACUCGCUACUUCAGACACAACUUGGUGACAAAGAUGCUCUCAUCAGCAGCCUGAAGUCAGGAGCUGCACAGACAGUGGAGGGUCCAGCAGGUGCAUCAGACAACACAGAGCUACUCCAGGAACUGGAGGCUUUAAGAAGUCAAGUUCAGUCCCAGUCGUCAGAAAUCAGCCAGCUGAAAACGGAGAGACAAGAACUGCUCAGAAGAGCUGAAGGCGGGUCCUCUGACACGCUCCCCUCUAGUGACAGCUCUUUAGAUGCUGCAAAGGUGGCUGAACUGGAGAGCAGACUGGCAGCACAGACAUCUGAGUCAGAGAGGCUGAAGGCGGAGGUAAAGAGCCUGUCAGAGAGCCGGGUGGAGCUGGAACAGCAGCUGGCUUCAGCUACGAGCACGGUGGCCAUCCUGCAGACGGAGAAGGCAAAGCUACAAACAGAUGUCCAGGAGUCCAAGAAGGAGCAGGAUGACCUGCUGAUGUUGCUGGCAGACCAGGACCAGAAGAUCCACAGCCUCAAACUCAGACUCAAAGAGCUGGGAGAGACGUUAGACUGUGACACUUUCCUUGCAGGUGGAAGAUGAGGAUGACCUCGACACCAGGGACCAGACCGAUGACGAUGAGGAGGAGGAGGAUGAAGAUGAGGACUAGAGAACAACAGUGAAAGAAGAAAAAGGAGAGAAAAGACUCUGCAGAAAAACGCACCUGGGAAACUGAACAAUAGGACUAAAAUAUGGAAGUAGUUUCUUGUCUGGACUGCCAUUCUGUCUUCAUUGUUCACCCCGUCACAUUAUAUGUGCAUGUUAGUUUUUGGACUUCUUCUUUUUUUUAGUUCAAGAUGAGGAUGUUCUUUCCAAAAACUCAGUUUUCAGCAACAGCUGAGAGAUUUAAACACGUCAGUGCGUUCAUCUCUGCUACAUUCACCAUCAGUUUGAUGGAUUUGAGCUGUUUUUGUUUUUCUAAUGUUCUGUCACUAGAUCCUAAUCACAGAAAAAUCUUUAGGUUAAUUUUAACAAUCAUCUGGAAGAUUUGGAGAAGCGGGUUUAAAUUGUGUCAAAAUGCAAUUUUCAUUUUAUCAGGCUGCCAUUUUCCCAUCUUGCACUGCUGCUCUCGCCAGUACAAGGCACCUGCAGCAUUAGCAUCACCUGCAGCAUUAGCAUCUCCUGCACUGUGUUGCUGUGCUUCGCCCCGAAUUUGUCUGCCAUCGCUCCCCGAUCAGUUCGAGUUCAGCGUCACUGUUGUUCCAUUUCACCAACCGCUCUGCAAUAUGCUGCACAAACACUGACGGAAAAGAUGUAAAGAGAGACAAAAAAAAGACAAAUAUUUUUGCAACUUUUUGUCCAGUACUGGCAUCCAGCUUCUGUAUGAUAUUGUGUAACUUAUCACUUUAAGAGCGACAUUGAAAUGAAUAAAGAAUCUAUCUGUAUGCCUGUAUGGAGGAAUAAUUGUAGAUAAAUUAAAUUUUACUAAAUCUGCAAUGAGACCUGCCUGUUAGGGAUCUUUUUUUUUUUUUCAUUUGAAUGUUUAAAAAAAUUGUUCACACUAAAUAUUUUCUUGCUGAAUUAAUAACAUUAAAUAAUUAGUAUCUGUCACUAAAACCUGAAAAGGAAGCGGUGGCGGGGGGCAUCCUGCAUCUGCUGAGAAUAAACGGUUAUACCCUCA